AUGAGCAUCGCUACGAAACAUUUUUUGAUUAUACUUCUUUGCCACGUGGCACUUUCUAUUACUGGUAUUCAAGCUAAUUCAAUAAGAAGGCAUCCCAUUAUCAUGGUCAAAUGUGGGGAACGACCUGUAUCUGGUGCAAAUGUUCAAUUCAUUGAAUAUGAAAAUUUACACUACAAAGACGAACAUCAGGAUUUUCGUGACGUUACCGACAAACACGGCCAUUACCAUUUCAAAGAAGUCGACGCUUUGGACAGUUUGAGAUCUUCUGAAAAUGAAAUCAGAAUCAGUAUAAAGGACAUUUGUAAGCUGGAUACAGUGAAACAUGAUUGCAAUCUCCCGUACAAUCACUUCGAAGUUCCCAUCAAAACGAUUCCGUUCGUCGAAAACCAACAACUGCUUCUCGAUCUCACCGACUGGAAAUUCGACACAAAGUGUAUCUAA